UCGGAAACUGUUGUUGACAAGGCAACAUCAAAUGAUUUAAUGGAUCAGCAAACAACAAAAACAGAUGAGUGGGAGUGCAGGGCUUGUCUUGAGAAACUUGGUCCAACCACAAGCCUAGUCAAUCUUUUUGAUGCUUGGUCAUCACCAUGGGAAGGAAUGGAAAGUACUGUAGCUGAAGACCUUGCUAAAGUUGGACAUAUCAAGCUAUCAUCAACAGACCAACAUUCAAAGUUUAUCUGUAACACUUGUUACACAAAACUUCAGAAUGCGUGUACUUUCGCUGCAGUUGUACAAAAAAGUGAUAGAAUUCUUAGACAGAGGUUCCCUCAUACAGAUCUAGACCCGGGUGAUGCCACCGUGUGGCCCAAACCUAUUCAACUAGACCAAAAUAUAAAUGAUACUGUUUUUGAGACUCCCAUGGAUAUAGAAAUCAAACAAGAAGUUCUGUCUGAUAAUGACUAUGGUGAGAAUGGAAAUGGAUGUUCUGAUACACAAUACAAGGAGUUAGGAGAUGCAGAAAUAAAAAUAGAGCCUGAGGAAUGGAUAAAACCACAACUUAUUAAGAUCAAUGGUACAUUUUCCUACCAUGAAAGAACUGAGCAUUCUGCACAGCCAAAUGGAAAUGAAAUGCUGGAAGAGUUUUUAGAUGCACCAUUGAAAGAGGAACCCACUAGUGAGGCAGACUCUGAAGCUGUACCUACAGACCUUCCUCUGGAGUGUAUGCUGUGCGCCAAGUCAUUCCACAGUGUAUCUGGGCUGAAGGCUCAUGUGAUAGCUCAACAUUCCUACAAAUCAGUAAAAAGAAAGAUUGGGGGAAAACAAUCGCCACCAAAGAAGAAGGAUAAAUACGUGUGCUCAACCUGUAGACGAAAUUUUGUAACAUCUACAGAUUUGAUGGUUCACGAGACAUGCCACAACAAAGCCAUAUGCUACGGCUGCAACCAGAAGUUCGACACAUUCGAACAGUUAGCCCAGCAUAGAGUGCGCUGUAAAGUUAUCACUACAAAAGACUUACCCAAGCCCAAGACCCUGGAAGAUGUCAAACGGAUAAUAGCUGAGGAGCACAAAUCCACUGAUGAUGAGGACUUGCCGAAGGAACAACUCGAGUGUCACCUCUGCACGGAGAGGUUCAGCGAUUCAUACUACAUGAGAAUCCACCAGGAGAUCCACCACAGCAGCGAGCAGCCCGAGCCGGCCGCGGCGCCGCCGCCCGACGACGCUGCGCACCACAUGGAUCCCGCCACACUUGAGAGCAUCUUCAGUGAAGAUAAAUAAACU